AUGAUUCCAAUGGAUAAUCACUGCGUGCCGAGCUCAAGCACCACCACCGGUAUUGUAUUUCCGGCUAAUUACGGUUUUAAUGCGAUAAACUCCGCCUCCGGGUUUCACCCGGCGGUGGAUUCUCCGGCUUCGAUGGUUGAAGUCAAACCCCCUGAAGCCGCUUUGGUUAUGGAUUGGUCCGCUGAGGAACAAUACGUAUUGGAGAACGGCCUUGCAAAAUUAAAAGAUGAACCGAAAAUUUCAAAGUAUGUGAAGAUCGCUGCAACUCUACCAGACAAAACUGUGAGGGAUGUAGCCUUGAGGUGUAGAUGGAUGACGCGAAAGCGGAGAAAAAGAGAAGAAAAUAGUGUCGGGAAGAACAUUAGCAAUAGAAAGGUGGUGGAUACAUCCCCAGAACUGAACAUGCUAUCCAAUGUGCCCCAACAAAAUGCUUUAUAUGUCAUGAACAAUAUGUGCCACAGUACACACAUGCCUCUUGAAGGUUUAAGUGACGCGGUAAUGGAUCUUCUACAGCAAAACGCUCAAACUUUUAGUCAAAUUUCUCACAACCUCUCUGCGUACAAGCUGCAGGAUAACAUCAAUCUAUUUUAUCAGGCAAGAAAUAACAUCAGCGCCAUUCUGACUGACAUGAAGGAGAUGCCUGGUAUCAUGAGUCGGAUGCCGCCUUUGCCCGUCUCAGUCAAUGAUGAUCUUGCAAGCAGAUUAUUGUCGAGUACUACACAGCCAGUAUUGUACACCAUUCCGCCAAGCAUCCACCUGAAGCAAGAGCCGAGAAGUUGA